AUGCAGGGUAUGCAAGGACAACAACAUCCUGCUCCAUAUCCUGUUACACAAGCUCCAACAGGGCCAAACUUUCGUGCUUUCUUCAUAAUGGAUACUCCAGAGUUUGCAGGUGGCUUAGACCCGGUGGUAGCUCAUGAUUGGUUGGCCAGUAUGGAGAGGAUAUUCCAGGCAAUCCAGUGUAAUGAAGAAGAGAAAGUGAUAUUUACUACGCAAAAGAUGAAAGGACCGACUCUUAUAUGGUGGAAUACCGUAUCCACCUAUUUCACUACCCAGGAGAUUCCUAAGGACUGGCAUCAUUUCAAGGCGGCAUUUCUGGAGAAGUAUUUUCCUAACAGUGUUCGGACCCAAAGAGAAACAGAGUUCCAUAACUUCAAGCAAGGAAACUUGUGUGUUUUUGAGUGUGGUGAGAAGUUUGAAGACAUGGCUGAUUACUCACGACAGGUUGUUUAUGCUCCUGAUGAGUUAUGGAAGAUUUAUCAAUUCUUGAUGGGUUUGAGGGCCGGCAUUUCUCACAGUGUGUCCCAGAGGGAGUUCACUGCAUAUGCUGAAUGUUUGAGGCAAUGCUAUGUUGUGGAGAACACCUUGAAGAGGGUUCAAGAAGAGAGGAACCAAAAUAGGACUAAUUUUAGAGACAAAUGGAGAUUUACCCAGCACUUGAAGCCCCGUAGUUCUCCAUCAAAGAAGAAGCAAGGAUAUGGUGACCAAUCGGCUCCACCUCCUUAUUGUCACAAGUGCAAGAAGAGACAUACCGGGGAGUGCAAACCCACUUCUAUUACUUGUUACGAAUGUGUUGAUUGUGGAUCUACUCAUUCCUUUAUUUCUACCGAGUUUGUUUUUCGACUUGGUUUGGAAGUCACUCCAUUACCCGAUCAUAUGAUCAUUUCUUCGGCGACAGAUGAUAGAGUGGAAGCCCGACUGAUUUGUAAAGAUUGUUCAAUAUCUUUUAAUGGACGUGAUUUUCCGAUCGAUCUAAUUUGUUUACCUCUCAAGAGACUCGAUGUCAUUCUGGGGAUGGAUUGGUUAUCUCUUAAUUCAAUGUAUAUUGGUUGUAAGGAAAAGACCAUAUUCGUUCCUGCUGAAGAGACUUCUUCCGAUGAUGCAAUUACCAAGUUGAUAGAAGGUACGACCAGCGCAGUCAAUUAUCUCUUUUCCCAAGAAAGAUAUUUUCUUUUAGUUCUUUCCAAGGAACCUUCUGUAAGAGUGGUAUUGUCUGAGAUCCUUGUGGUGUGCGAAUUUCCUGAUGUGUUUCCUGAGGAUAUCACUUCUCUUCCUCCGGAAAGGGAAGCGGAAUUCUCAAUUGAUCUUGUUCUUGGUACUGCCCCAGUUUCCAUCACUCCUUAUAGGAUAUCUCCUAUUUAA